UCACUGCUGGCGCUCCCACUUGCCCCGUUCUUAUAUAAAGUUCUCCCACUCUCCUCUGUCCUUCUGUAGCAAGAUCUGUGCCUCUAUACCUCUCUCACCCCCCUCAUUCACCGACGCCCAGGAUCACCAUGAAGUUCUCCAUCCUCCCCCUGGCGGCUCUCGCCCCCCUGGCCGCUGCCCACUUCGAGCUCAAGUACCCCACGAGCCGCGAUGGCAGCGAAGACAACAUGGUCAACUUCCCCUGCGGCAGUGCGGCCCAGUCCACCAACCGCACUCAGGUCUCCAUCUCCGCCGGCUCCUUCCCCGUCGCGCUGUCCAUGGGCCACUCGCAGACCGCGGUCGAGGUGCUCCUCGCCCUGGGCACCGACCCCGGCACCAACUUCAACAUCACCCUGCACAAGACCUUCGAGAUCGAGGGCCUGGGUGCCUUCUGCCUGCCCCACAUCACCUUCGACGAGUCCAUCCUCGGCACCAACAUCACCGACGGCAUGAACGCCACCGUCCAGGUGCAGAGCAACGGGGAUCCAUCUGGAGGUCUUUAUGCGUGUGCCGACAUCCAAUUCUCCUCGACCGUGAGCUACGACGAGCCUUCGACCUGCAAGAACAACACCGGCGUCAAGGCUGUCGAGUUUACCGGCGCCGCCGCGGACCGUAACGCCAACGAGUCGACCGCCACCGGCGGUGCCCAGGACGGCUCCUCGUCCAGCAGCAGCAGCAGCUCCUCGUCCAGCAGCAGCAGCAGCUCCUCGUCCUCCGCGAGCGGCUCCAGCAGCACUGCUACCUCCACUGGUGCUGCGGUUCCUCUGCAGACCGCUGCCUGGGGAAUGCUCGGUGCCGCUGUUGUCGGUGGUCUUGCUGUUUUGUAAACGAAGCGAAGACCUUCGUGCUACAUCAAUGCUCACACCUUAAUCGUGGAAGGAUGCUGCUCUGCGCAGAUGGUAUGGCUGGAGAGAGAGAGGGUGAGACAAAAAGAGAACGAG